AUGGCCCAAUCUGCCCACGAUUUGACAUUGACAAGACCGGCUCAAGAAUGGCGCAAGUAUCAUGUGGAAUUGUGGAUGCAAGCCCAACUCGUUUGUUGGUCAACCGAAUUGCCGGUGCAGAGUCAUCAAGAGCCAAACCUGCCUUUGGUCAACUGGCUCCCCAUCGCCGUGCAUCACCGACAAAGCCCGCCCACUCUUGCCGAUCAAAACCGCCAAGCAUUGCGACGUCCAAAUGCCCGACCCCAAACCAUUGGCCUGGGUGGCGACACCCACAACCCGUCAGAUAAUGCCCCGUCCCUUAGCCGAGACUCGUUGCAUGAUUCUCCACACACAUCUUGUGCCUGCACUGCUCAAAACCAUCCGGUCGAGCACCCCAGUGCAUCCCAGCCGCCGGUCAACAGUCCCAGCAGCAAUUUAAGCAGUAUACCGGACAGUCCUGCCGCAGCACCACCCAGCAUUUCAGCGCCCGCGAGCUUGGCACAGACACAGGGCCACGUUGAACAUCCCAAACGUGCUAAUAAGCGUGAAGCAGACGCGACCACCGGCCGUUCAAAGAAUCGAGAAGCAGCAGUGACCGCCGAGUCGCUGGAUGCACGGCGUCACCAGCUCCUAAAAAUGUGUUCCCGAGUGGCCAAUCAGAUGUUUCCCACAGUCGACACCAGAACUCCGAUGUCCAACAAAAACAUCCCUGUAGCCCCCUCUGGUCACCCAGCCUCGUCGCUCAAGCUUGACGCCCGCCCCGCCCCCGUCAAAAAACAUGUUAUCCCUGCGGUCAAUAAGACUCAACUCAAGCCCAAAGGUGUAGACAUCCGUACUGCCCCCUCCACUUGUGGUAAACUGGUGCAUGUCCACUCUGCCCCGAGUGGCGGCGCCAAAUCACCAGAAAUCCAACAUCAUAAGGUCAAAAAAAGUAUUCCUCCGCCGGUUUAUGUCAGCACUUUGCAAGAUGCCAUCUCCCCCAUCAUCCCUAUGAUCACCUCACCCGGUUCCAAUUCACCUGAUCCCAACCCCCUGCUAGACCUACUUUCCGCGGCCGCGACUCCACAUCCCAAUCGUGAAGUUAUUGACCAGAGAAUUCAAGAUCCACCCAGUUUUCCUUCACCUUGUUAUCUGAUUUCACCAACUGAAGUUUUCGAACGCUGCGAGAGCAAUGUCCAGCAACCUGAUUUGAUUAUCUUAAGUCCUACCAAUAAUUUGGGAUUGUUGUCCGAAUCAUGUUCUCCGCUGAGUUUCCCUGCCAAUGAUCAGCAAGAUGAAAAGAGAAUGUUGGGUAGUCAUGAUGCUAUUCUAGGGAUUUUACUCCUUUGCUGUCCCCCGGUGCAGUCCGCCCCCACCAUGAGCAACCAUAUCGGUCCCUCAUCAUCUGCGACCCCCCCUUCAUCAGCAACACCAAUCCCACAAGAAGAAUUCAUUUGUCAUCUGGUGCAAGCAAAGCUCAUUCCCAGAGCAGAUCACCGGUCAACUCAGCCGGGAAUCUUGCGGUCUCUCCCUGCGUUACAGGAGGAUCCUCCUGACGUGGGCCCCAUUGAGCUCCGCUAUCAGCGCUCGCUCCCGCCAACCAAUCAUGGAGAUCAAUCAUCUGCCCAAGCCCCAAGCCAAAGUCAAAACUCUUCCGACCAUUCAGAUAAUGUGUCCCAAAAUGACAGUGAUGAACUUGAGUACAUGAAUACAUCACAAGCUUCCAUAGAUGAACUGGAGAGUAUGUCUCAAGAUGCCAAUAUGGUGUGA